GACGUCUAAAGAAGAAAGUGGAGUGGGCUGCUUAUGUCCUUAAUUUGAUGUCAAUCGUUUUAUAUGUGUCUUCAUAAGAACGACCUGCCAUCGUGAGUUGUUAUCGUCUUAUUUGACAAAUGACAAUAACAUAAAGCAGGUGGGUGUCAACAUUGUAUGCAGGUUUGGAUGCCCAAAGAGCUCUGGAUAUAUGGAUUGAGUAACUUGCCCUCCCGGAGUAAAUAUAGUGCUACUUUAUACAUAAUGGGUCCUCGGAGAAAAUCCACAAAGACUAUGAGUAUGGACGGAGUAGCUGAUUGCACUUCAUUUCAAAAUGAGCUCAAAGAUUACAUCAAUGAGCUUUCACAUGAGGUUCUCUGCCACAUAUUCCGCUAUCUGCCCAUGCGGGAUAUUAUGUGCAUGGAAUGUCUCUCACGAAAGUUACAGGAAGCAAUUGCUCUGUACUUGCGGGUGGUAAAAGUGGUGGAUCUGUGUGCCAGUAGGUGGUGGGAGUACAUGCCUUCAGGAUUCACAGACUCAACAUUUCUUACCCUUCUGAAAAAAAUGCCUGACUUGGAACAAUUGUAUGGUUUGCAUCCGCGUUACUUAGAGCGUAGACGGGUCAGAGGAUACGAGGCUUUUAGUAUUCCUGGCAUUCUUGAGGCUCUUCAGGCAUGCCCCAGUCUUUUGGGUGUGGAGACCUCUCAUUUGGAGCUGGUGGAGGCAAUAUGGAAUUACUUGCCUCAGGUUCACAUUCUUGGAAAGUUCAGGAACCGAAAUGGAGCAUUUCCUAUUCCUCCAGAGAACAAACUUACAAUUCCAGCUGCAGCUAAAAUUCAGACUCUUCAUCUUGUUGGGGUCAAUGUACCAGAAAUUCCUUGUGUCUCCAUGCUCAGACACUUGUACAUGAAGUGGGUGCGAUUUACAAAACCUCAGCCAUUUAAGGAUUUUUUAUGUGUAAGCCUGCGCACCUUUGUCAUGAGGAACUGUGCUGGUCCCACCAACUCCUUGAAAUAUGUACCACUGGUGACAGGCUUGGCCUCUGCACGCAACCUAGAGCAGCUUGAGUUGGUGAGAGUUCCCUUCUUAGGUGGACUGAUACAACAUGUGGUGGAGGACAGCUGGCGGUCAGGGGGAUUUCGUAAUUUGCACACUGUCAUAUUUGGUGCCUGUAAGAAUGCACUUGAAGUAGACUUGGGCUACCUCAUUAUUACUGCGGCAUGCAGAUUGCAUGAAGUUAGAAUCCAGCCAUCAUUAACCAAAGAUGGUGUAUUUUCAGCACUUAAGAUGGCCGAACUUGAAUUUCCCCAUUUUGAGACUUUGCACCUUGGAUAUGUUGAUGAGUUUUUAUUGCAGUGUAAAUUAAGUCAUACAGAAUUGGUGAGAUACGGCCUUGCUGAUGUAAUUGAGAAUCCAGGAAUUAUUACAGAUAUUGGAAUAAAGGCUGUUAAUGAAGUAUUUCCCUCCAUCAAGUAUCUUUCAAUUUACAACUGCCCACAUCUUCACAACUCACACAGCUGGAUUACAGACAAUUCUCGUUGGAACAGAUUGGUGGAUCUAACAUUAGUCCGCUGUCAUGCAAUUAAGCUUGAGUCCUUUAGCCAAUUCAUCGAAAUGCUACCCAAUUUGGAGUUUAUCUCUCUAGAACAGAUGUUCCGCGAGCCCCCUAAGGGUUGUGCUCGGGUUGGUCUCAGUGCAGGCACAGGUAUUGGAGUAUCAUCUGCUCUUGUCAGUAACCAGAACCAAAAUCAGACCAAUAACAAUCACCAGAAUGACAAUGUUGCCAAUAUUCCUCAAAAUAACCAUGAUAAUGCUGUUGACAUGCCACAAGACAGAGUUGAUGAGAUCCAUGAUGUUGAAGCCAUGGUGGUGGAAAACAUUGAUGCACGUCCACGGCCUAUUGCUGGCAGUGCAGAUGACGGACCUCUGGAGAUUAUUCAGGGAGCAGAUUUAGCUGUGGCUGAUGAAGAACAAGCAGGGCCCAGUGGAGUGCAGCCUUCCAUGGCUAAAAAAUUAGUAGUGAUGUCUGAUUCUGACAGUGAUGAUGAAGAGGUUUCAGCAAAGCCUCAUGGUGCCUAUUGCAACCAUCAACAGUACCCUGUGGCAUACAGACAAGAAAACAAUGGUGAUCUAGAAGAAUCAGUCAGCAAAUAUAAAGGAAAAACUCCUCUUCGCCGAUUGGGUGCGCAGUGUUCUAGCUAUGAGAAAGGAUGCCAGGUUACAAGCGAGCAGAUCAAAGCAGACAUGAAAGCUGCCAAUGAAACAGUAGACAGUAGUGACCGAGAGAAAACCAGUGGUUCAUGUGUAUGUGCUAUUGACUGGAGUGAGGAGUCAGCAAGCCUGGGAGACCCAAGAGAGUUAACAGAAAGGGAAGAAGGAACGAUGGGACCAUGCUGCACUUGUAGAAGGGCUAAUGCAGGCUCAGAGAGCAGCACUUAUAGCACCUUUAGCCAGCCAAAAGAUGUACAGCAAAGAUCACCCUAUGAUGUUCCUAAGCAGGGAGCCAAAGCAGAGCAGUCUGUUGGGCACAGCACUGCUAAUGUUCUGAGUUCUGUUGAGGUGCAUGAAGGAGUGGUGUCCUCUCGCAAAACUUCCGGAGACAUACCUCUGAGGCGACCAGUCACUCGUGCUUGCAGCAGAUUGUGCUCUGCUCCAUUAGAUUCUGAGCUAGGACUGUCUAAAACAAAGCAUUGGAGUGCAGUAAAAAGAAAACACACAGCUGACAAAUCAACCAGCACAAGCGACCCAGUGACUGAGGAUGACCAUUUACAGGGGCUAACAUUAAAAUCCAAAAAUCUAGUUGGAAUCACACUUUCAAACUGUGGCAUCACAGAUCUGGUGCUCAAGGAUUGCCCUAAAAUGAUGUUUGUUCAUGCCACUCGCUGUAGGGUGCUAAAGUUUCUAAAGGUAGAAAAUGCUCCUUUAGUAAACCGUUUUGAUUAUGCCCAGUGCAAGAAGCUAGACAUGGAGCAGGUCUUGGAUCAGGUGUUGCGUUUGCCCCCUGAAAGAAAUCGCAUUGUCUACAUGCGUCCCAUGCAACAGAUUGAUUCAUUGGACCUGGAGAGAAAGUUAUUUAGUGGUCCUUAUCCAUACCAUAUAGCGGUUAUUCAUGAGUUUAGUAACCCCCCCAAUGUCAAGAACAAAGUGCGGGUGCGGAGCUGGAUGGACAAUGUCGCCAACAUCAGCCAAGAACUAAUCAAGCAUGAAUUCUUCCCUGAGGCAUCAAGAACAGAAGAGGAUGUAAAAAAUUAUCCUAAUUACCCAUGGGGCCGAGACAUCUAUACUAUAGAGGGAGUAGUAGAUGGGGCACCCUACUCGAUGGUUACUGAUUUUCCUUGGCUUCGUUCUCUUCGCACAGCUGCACCCAACUGUUAUGCUCGUUAUGACUUUGAGGAUGAUGAAAACACUACCAUAUAUGCCCCUCGACGCAAAGGUCAGCUUUCAGCAGAUAUUUGUAUGGAGACAAUCGGUGAAGAAAUCUCAGAACGUCGUCAGAUGCAGCUAGGUGUGUUUGAGCAUGUGGUUGUCAUUUUCAUUCACUACUGUGACAUGCAUGGAGAGCCUGUCAAUGAUGACUACAUUUAAAGGCCAUUUAUAAAAGACGGAAGCAAUAAAGCACAUGCCAACUCCUGCUAAACUUUGACUUUCUGAUAAAGACAGAGAUUAAACAAAAUUUCAUAGCUUUUUAAUUUAGACUAUGUUGACCUUAUAAAUCACUGCUCUGAGAAUGCAUGUAAGGAUUUAGCGAAUAUGUUUGAUAUUUGUGUAAAACAGUUAAGUUUGUACAUCAAUGAAUGAACAAUGAAUUUUGGUACAAAUGUAUUCAUAAACUACAAGUGCAUUCUUAAAAUGGCUUAUUUCUCUUUUUUUCUUAAACCUUUGUUUUAAUUUAUAUUGACAUUUUAGUCUUGUCAUCAUGGUAGCUAUUAACACAUUUUGGUACUUUUUUCUCCAUUGUAAACAUUUAACAAUAUAAACGUAUUAAAAUUU